AUGGCCAACUACAACGGGCCUAAACAGCUUGACUCGGUGACUUCUGCUUUGCUGCAAGGAACCAACCUGGUGCAUCCACCGCAGAAGCCACAGUAUUCCAACGUUGGCUCCAUCAUUGCCGACCUGCACGUUCAUCCGACACUGGAAGCCCUUGUACACAUCCUGAACCAUGAUCUCCCGUCUGCACAUUUUCUAGUCCGACACAUGCAGGCUCCGCCGGCCGUCGAAGGCAUGCUACUCCAUGGCAUCUUACAUCGAGCAGAAGGGGACUUUCCCAAUGCCCACGCGUGGAUCAGCGACGUCAAGGAUGCAUGCGAAGGGUUCCAGCCGAAGAAGCAAGACAGAGGCGAGAAGCUGGAGGAGGACGUUGCUCGGAAAAUCUGUGGAGGUCCAGGGACAGACAAGUCGCUCGUCUUGUUUGUGUACGAUGAUGAGGAAGAAGCCGGGCAGCUGAUCAAGGACGUGGCAGAGUUCAGGAAAAAGAAGCAGAGUGAGCGAACGGAGAGCGAGCAGACGGGUCUGGAGAAGCGGAUCCGAUGGGAAUCGCAGAAGAUAGUGGAGUGGUGCAAGAUGAAGUUUGGGACCGAAGCCUUGGUGGAUGCGAGUCAAGCAUGGGUGAAGAAUAGCGAGGAGAUCAACAAGAUCAGCAGUGAGAUGGUCAGCGUCGAGUACCUGCGUGCAAUACGGAUCUUUUGCCAUUCGCAGCGUAGUUGUGCUUCGACACUUGGUCACGUGUGCCUCUUGUGUACUCAACCUUGGAAGUGCUGUACUACUAUUAUACUCGAGUGCUACUAG